AUGCCAUCGCUGACUCAUUCUCAAAGGAUGAUGUUGGACUCAGUGACACACAGCACCUUCCUGCCCAACGCAUCCUUCUGCGACCCCUUGAUGUCGUGGACUGAUCUGUUCAGCAAUGAAGAGUACUAUCCUGCCUUUGAGCAUCAGACAGGUUACUCUUUUUUUAAUGACGCUGAAGAGACCAAGACUGCCAUCAAAGACUACGCGGAUUCCAGCUGCUUGAAAACAAGGGGCAUCAGAAGUCAAGACUGUCACAGUCACAGUCGAGCAAGCCUCCAAAGUUCUCAUCUAUGGGAAUUUGUGCGAGACCUGCUUCUAUCUCCUGAAGAAAACUGUGGCAUUCUGGAAUGGGAAGAUAGGGAACAAGGUAUCUUUCGGGUCGUUAAAUCAGAAGCCCUGGCAAAGAUGUGGGGACAAAGGAAGAAAAAUGACAGAAUGACAUACGAAAAGUUGAGCAGAGCCCUGAGGUACUACUACAAAACAGGAAUUUUGGAACGGGUCGACCGAAGGUUAGUGUACAAAUUUGGAAAGAAUGCACAUGGGUGGCAGGAAGACAAGCUAUGAUCUGCUCCAUCAUCAAGCUCGCUCUGUGGAUUUCUGUCAUUUAAAACAAUCAGAUUGCAAUAGACGUUUGAAAGUCUUUGUUUUGUUUUUUUUUUAAACCUGCAAAUGUGCUGAUAAAAUUUCUCCACAUCUCAGCUUACAUUUAGAUUCCGAGUUGUUGUUGUCUACUUGAGGGUGAUGGCAGCAACCCUUCAGAAAUUCUUUUUUUUCCUUCCUGAGGGAGGAGGGGAUGCCCUGUUGUGGCACCUUGAUCAAACAUUGCUUCCAUAAUCAAGAGUUGCAGAACCACAGUAGCCACUGCCAUUGGUGCUGCUCAGAGAAAAAGGAUCCAGUUCUGCCGUUAGAGACACAUCCACUGCUCUCAUCUCAAAGGCUCAAAAGUUUUCACAUAUUUAACUGUGGCAGCUCACAAAGAAAAAAUAAGUGAUAGUUUGUAGUUAAUAUAGUAGGAGGGGGUAAGAUGUGGGUAAGACAAACAUACUGUAGAUUUUAAAUUGUUAAAGUCAAAUUCCGUAAAAAAGUUUCUUAAUUACUAAAAGAGCUAAGCCGUCAAGCUGGGACAUAAUUGGAUUUAGCAUAGGUUAAUAGUAAGUUCCUUCACCAGAACGUCUUUUUGGCCACUCAGCAAAGGUCCCACGGCCAUCCUUCUAGAGUGACACGCCUGAAAUUAGGCAUGUUCCUAAUUCUUACUGCGUUCAUCCCCCUCUUCUCCUGCUGGUGGGGGGCAUCAGAUAUGCAAAGAGUUAGUCAACAGACACUCACUUUCCAAAUCACCGCUGUUUCUAUGAUUCAAGCUGUUGACAGGAUAAAAUCUUCAUUCGUUGAUUCUGCCUGUGGCCAAGACGUUAAACCUCCGUAGAACUGGAAAUGUCCGACCACUCUGUAAUGGCCAAUUAAAUGAUGAGUCUCUUUUGUUUUGUCUUCCUGCCUGCUGUGUACUCAAGCUCUAAAACACUAUUUCCUUGACAAACAUAGUGGCAGUGAGUGACACCCGAGAGCUCCCGGGUUCAAGUCUGCGCUGACGUUCUCUUGUCGGUCACUGGUAGGUCAGCCAUGAGUGACCUACCUCGGCGGACUGCCCCUAGGACUUCCACUUCACCAGAGCAGGAAGCUUCGUGUGACAAGGCACUGAACCACCAGACAGGCUGAGGACCUCCAUGCUUAGAGUUUAACUUCAAAAGUAACUUGUUUUAAAAAAUGUGAAUUACUGUAAAAUAAUCUAUUUUUGGAUUCAUGUUUUUUCC